AUGGCAAGCAGCAAAAUGGAACGAGCACAGGAACCACUAGAGUUGAUACACAUCAGCUUAAUGACAGACUUACAAGGAUGUCCAAAUUAUCACCAUGCACUGGUAGUUGUCAACAAUGCCUCAUCCUACAUGUAUGUGAAACCACUCCUAAGCAAAGCAGAAGCAUUCCCCACCCUAAAAGCAUGGACCAAAACAGUGGAGAUAGCAACAGAUCACACAUUAAAGUGUAUUCACAGUGAUAAUGGAACAGAAUGGUCAAGCUUAGCAGCAGAGGAAUGGAAGCAGGAAGCAGGGUUUAAGUGGCAAAAAACCACCCCAUAUGUCAGCAUACAGAAUGGGAGAGCAGAGCACACUAUCAGAUCACUCCAAGAGAAGAUGUGUGCAAUGCUUGUCCAAAGAUUGGUGCCAAAAGGACUAUGGCCCUACACCAUCAUGGCUGCUGGACAUGUACUUAACUUGACACCAUCAGCAAAUGCCAACAGAAUUCCAUAUGAAGACUUUCACCACAUGACAGCUCACAGCUUGGCAAAACAAUUGUGUGUCUUUGGUUGUCUUGCAUGGGUUCACCUCCCAAAAAAAGAUCAUGCAGGUAAGCAUGGUGUGAGAGCCAUACCAGGAAUCAUGAUCGGUUACGAUGACGAGCACAAGGGAUGGAAAUUCUUCACUCCAGACCACACGCCAUCCAUCUGGUGGAGCAAUUCAGCUACAUUCCAUGAACACAAAGGUUGGCAUGAUCAACCCAAAGUACAAAGCCUGCUGCAAAUCGGGUUUGAGAGCCUUGAAGCAGAAAGUGCCAAACCAGAGGCAAAUGACCUCGAACCUGAACCAGAAAUCAAAGAGCUUGACAAGCAAGACUCACUCCAACAUGCACCCAUUGAACAACCGAUCAAUGAUACUGAAGACAACCGAUCAGAGAUAGCAGUUGAAGACUUGAUCAGGGGAGCGAACACCACCACCCUAAACCUCACACCAACAAUGAAAGAAGCACUUGCCAGUGAAGACACACAGCAAUGGCAAGAAGCCAUAUGCAAGGAGUUGGAUGGACUGGAGGCCAUGGGAACUUGGGAAAUUGUGGACGUACCACCAAACACCAAACUCAUCAACUCUAAGAUUGUCCUCCAUCUCAAGCUGGAUGCUGAUGGGGUACCUGUCCAACAUAAAGCAAGACUCAUCACACAAGGAUUCACACAAUGA